CUCUUCCUGCGCUUUGCUCCGGGAAAACGCUGGAUUUUAAACCUUUCCCUGCCCGGCAGUGAGUGGGGAAGGAGAAGGAAAACCAUGGCCCAGGCCAAAAUGCACCACCCCGUCUCUUGGGUGAUCUUCGCCGGGAUGGCCGCGCUCCUCCUCCCCCAAGGAGUGCCCGUGCGCAGCGGAGAUGCCACCUUCCCCAAAGCCAUGGACAACGUGACAGUGCGGCAAGGGGAGAGCGCCACGCUCAGGUGCUCCGUGGACAACCGGGUGACCCGGGUGGCCUGGCUGAACCGCAGCAGCAUCCUCUAUGCCGGCAAUGACAAGUGGUGCUUGGACCCUCGGGUGGUGCUCCUGGCCAACACCAAAACCCAGUACAGCAUCCAGAUCCAGGAUGUGGAUGUGUAUGAUGAGGGCCCCUACACCUGCUCCGUGCAGACAGACAAUCACCCCAAGACAUCGCGUGUCCAUCUCAUCGUGCAAGUGUCUCCAAAAAUCACCGAGAUCUCUUCUGACAUCUCCAUCAACGAGGGCGGCAACGUCAGCCUCACCUGCAUAGCCACGGGCAGGCCAGACCCAACAAUCACCUGGAGACACAUCUCACCCAAAGCCGUGGGCUUCAUCAGCGAGGAUGAGUACCUGGAGAUCACGGGAAUCACGCGGGAGCAGUCGGGAGAGUACGAGUGCAGCGCCUCCAACGAUGUCUCAGCGCCCGUCGUCCAGCGAGUCAAAGUCACCGUCAACUACCCUCCGUACAUCUCGGAUGCCAAGAGCACAGGGGUGCCGGUGGGGCAGAAGGGCAUCCUGCUGUGUGAGGCCUCCGCCGUCCCCUCUGCCGACUUCCAGUGGUACAAAGAUGACAAGCGACUGGCUGAAGGACAGAAAGGGCUGAAAGUGGAGAACAAAGCCUUCUUCUCCAGACUGACCUUCUUCAACGUCUCUGAGCAGGACUAUGGCAACUACACCUGCGUAGCCUCCAACCAGCUAGGGAACACCAACGCCAGCAUGAUCCUCUAUGAAGAGACAACUACUGCUCUGACACCCUGGAAAGGCCCUGGAGCAGUGCACGACGGGAACAACGGCGCGUGGCGGCGAAGCAGCUGCGCGUGGCUGCUGCUCCUCCCGCUCGCCCACCUCGCCCGCCAGUUUUGACCCGAGAGCCGGCCCGCGGAGUAGCGGCAGCGACGACCACGGCCAGCGAGCGCAAGCAGAAAGGAGAGGAAGAAAAGAAGAAGAAAAAGAAGAAGUGUUCACCGUUUCCGAAAAUAAUCAUAAGAAUUGAGAGAGUAUCCGGCCAGGCCACCUGGGGGAGGGGGAGAGAGGAAAAACACGCAAAAAAAAAAAAAAAAAAAAAAAAAACCACAACGGGAAUUUGGAAUGGAGAGAAAAGGGAAAAAAUUAAUAAUCCAAGGCUUCCUGCUGAAGAUGCAAUGCGACUGAGUCUUUUUCUUUUCACCCUAUUUUUUUUUUUUGUCCCCUACCACUUUUUCCCCCUGUUUUUGUUGUUCUCUGCCACGGGCCAGCGUGGAGGAUGGACGGGGCCAUCAGAGUGUGGCACUUGUCCCCUGCCCUGUCCUCUUCACUGCCGCCACCCGCCUGCUCCCUCCCGUGGGACCCUCCAUCCAGACACACGGGUUUUCUCCUUUGCCAAGAUUUCCCCGUCUUCUCAUGGACUGUGCCGCCAUUUGUGUUUCAGAAUAUAUAUACAUAUAUAUAUAUAUAUAUCUCCAUGUAUACAUAUAUAUAUGUAUAGAUAUAUAGAUCUUCAACAGUUACCACACCACCAUGAAAGGAAAGGGAGGAAGGAGACCGGCGUCGAGCCACGCUUUCAUCGUACCAUCCGCGGACAUCGUGAAUGAUAAGGGAUUCUGAGUCAUGGUUAAUUUUAUUAAUUGUAUUUUCUGAUACGAGCCUAGAACUCUUAGUUCCUAAAAAACAGAAAUGCAAAAAAAAGAGGGAGAAAAAAAAGAAAAAAAAAGAUGAAAAAAAAACAAUCCAGGAGAGGGGGAGCAAGCGGAGAGAAGUUUGUUUGCCGAGGAGGCGACCAGCCAAGGAGGUUUGUGAGCCCGGCGAGGAGGAUGAGGAGGAGGUCUGUGCUGAAACACCCCCAAAACCGGCCCAAAAGCGGUCGUCUGGACAGUUCCUGCCGAGGGCACAGACGACACUCGCCGCGCGUUGAGGUGGAGGGAGAUACUGAAUCUUUUUAUGGGAUAUAUAUAUACAGUAUAUAUAAAUAUACAUAUAUAUAUAUAUAUAAUUUUCUUUUUUGUUAGAGUUCUAGCCACAGUUCCCAGCAGGGUCCUUCCGCUGCCAUUACUGCAUGCUGUAUAUGGAGUUAGGUGUGUAUCGGUUCUCAACGAGACAAGUGUCUCGGUCACACAUCCCUGAACCCCCUCGCCUUUCCACCCUCGGGUCACCGGGGACAAAAGGUCGCAGGGGACCAGGGCCCCUCUCUGUCGCUUUUUGCCGCGUGGCCCCGGCCUUUUCGCGGUGGAAUAAAGCGAGCUGAGGGACAGAGGGAGAUCUAUAUAGCUCAGUUUUAUAUAUUUUUA